AUGACGCAAUGGAUGAGUCCUCACUUCCAUGCGUAUUACCCAGCGGGCAACAGCUUCCCGUCCCUCCUGGGGGACAUGUUGUGUGGAGCUCUCACAUGCCUCGGCUUCACGUGGGAGUCGUCUCCUGCGUGCACGGAGCUGGAAGUGAUCAUGCUGGACUGGCUGGCGCAGCUCAUUGGUCUGCCAGAGCACUUCCUCGCCACCUCCCCCGGGUCUGGGGGAGGCGUCAUUCUGGGCACGGCCAGCGAAGCGACGCUGAUGGCCAUGCUGGCCGCUAAGCAACGAGCUCUCAAAGACUGCGUCGGGCAGCAGGAAAAAGACAAGAAAGCUCCUCUGCUGGUGGCUUACGCUUCAGAGUGUGCUGAAAAUUCCUACAUUGACUGA